AUGAGCAGUGCGCUCGUGGGAUCCAAGUCUAAAUCCUCAGACAAGGACAAGGACAAGGACGGCAAGGAAAAGGGGUCGGAAAAGGACAAGGAAAAGGAGAACAAGGCGGUGGAAAAGGAAAGGAAAAAGGCGGCAGCGUUGCGAGGCCCACGCAAGCGCGCGACGAUCCAUGGCGCGAUGCAUGCGUUUCCGUCGAUGGGUCCGCCUAGCCCCGAGCAUGAGCCUCAGUCGUUGUCUGUUCAUGGUCAUGGUACUCCCUCGAGUCAAGUUACGCUCACGCCCAGUGCACAGCAGCAGCAGCAGCAUUCCCAGCCACCAGUCCAGCAACAACAGCAGCCGCCGCCUCGACCGCCAUCGAUGCAUGCGCGCAAAGCGUCCGACGGUCCAAUAUCCCCACCACGCUCGCGAACCGUGUCGAGUUCAGGCUCGUUUGUCGAUGGUAUGCGCGAUUUCCUCUUGCUCCGUCGUGCCUUUGCCAAAUCGGCCGAGAACAUGGCGCUCAGCGCUCCCUCUCACGAUCCUCCCAAUCCCAUCUACACCGUCGGCGCUGGCUUGACCAAUACGAAAUCCGAAGAGGGCCUCCCGCGCACGAAAUCCAAGUCGGGCAGUGUCCCUGUCCCCGGCCAAGACUCUGAACUGUACUCGCUCGGAGCCGGGAUCACCAACGCGGGCGCGCCGCCCCAGCCCAAACGAAAACCGAGAAUCUCGCUGCGCUCCAGCUCGGCCGGUUCCGCGUUUUUCGCCCAGCUGACGGGGAAGCGCAAGUCGUCCAAGAACAACGCGGCCCCGCUCUCGACGCUGACGUUUACGCCGAUGAGCGAAAAGGACAAGGCCGAGUACCAGGCUAAUCAGCGUGCCCGUGAGUCUCGAUCUCGCUCGAACGAGUAUUACCGUCGUAUAACUCCCAACCAAGGCCAACAGCAAGCCGGUCCGCCGAACCGAAACAUGCUGGGCGCCGAGUUGUACAGUUCUCCGUCGUCGAUGCGGUUGCAGCCCAGUCCCGUUGCGGAGGAAUCGGCCAAGUUUAUAGAAGAGGGUGACGAGGGUGUAUAUGCUGGUUAUCGAUGA